UGCUCACAAGCCACACCGAGCGGCGCACACGGCACCCUCUUGGAUCGUGCACUCUGAGAGAUGACACGACGCGAGAGCCGGGGAAGAGAACGCGUCGCACCGGCAGCGAACGAAACCAAGCCAAGCCAUGGAAGCCAACCCCAACCACUGCCUCUGCCGCCUCGCCUCAGCUCUCUCCCACGGUCCCCGGCUUCCGACUCCUCCCCCGCCCCUCCUCUUCCCCCGCCUCGCACUCUCCAGCUCCGUGCCCUCCACGGGCCCGCCACCGUCGCUGGAUGCCGUAAGGAAGGGGGAGGGAGAGGAAGCGGCGGAAGCCAGGGCCUCCGAAGCUGAUGCCGAAGCGGGGAAGGAGGAGGAGCAUGAGGACGACGGCGGUGCGCACGUGAACAAGGCCACCUGCGAGGUCGGCAGCGUCUCCAAUGCUCAACAACUACCGGCCAUGGUCCUCAGCGACAUCAAGAACAAGUAACGCGAGGAUAGGAGGAGAGAGCAGCGUCUUACUUGUGAGAAGCGGUGGGGAGGGUCGUCAUCGGGGCUACGCGCAGCCGCUUCUUCGCCUCCCGCGCUGCCAGCGUCUCGCCUUGCGCCGUCUCACGUCGUGGCAGGGUUCAAUCCGGAAGGGAUGAGACAAGGAUUGGUGUCGGGCCGUGGAGAGAGGGUAAACUCCAAACCAUGCCAGUUUUGGUUCCAAUUCCGAUCAAAACGAACACCUUCAAUAAAUUACACCUAAUUCCAAACCGGGCCAAUUUGUUCCACCCAGAAUAAGGCCAGAAAUGGGUCGAUCCGGCCGAA